CUCUCUCCUCCCCUCAUUAUUAAUUCCCCCUCCCCCGAUCUCCAAAUCUCUAUCUCCCAAACCCUUUCGAAACCAAAAAACCAAGAAGAACCCAGGGAACUCAGAAUCGAAUUAAAACGCAGGAACGUUAAUUUGUAUUAUUAUUAUUAUUAUUAUUAUAAAUUACAGUUACAUAUUCACGUAGCAGCGUCAUGGGAAGGUCCCCAUGCUGUGAGAAGGCGCACACCAACAAGGGAGCGUGGACGAAGGAGGAGGACCAGAGGCUCAUCGCCUACAUCCAAGCCCACGGCGAGGGGUGCUGGAGAUCCCUCCCCAAAGCCGCAGGUCUUCUUCGGUGCGGCAAGAGUUGCCGACUCCGUUGGAUCAAUUACCUACGGCCUGAUCUUAAGCGAGGUAACUUCACCGAAGAGGAGGACGAGCUCAUUAUCAAACUCCACGGCUUGUUAGGAAACAAGUGGUCUCUGAUAGCAGCGCGGUUACCGGGAAGAACAGACAACGAAAUCAAGAACUACUGGAACACACACAUCAAGCGAAAGCUCCUGAGCCGCGGGCUGGACCCCCAGACCCACCGGCCCCUCAAUGCAGUAUCUCCUUCGCCGCCGCCGCCACCCUCGCUCUUUUCUGCCGCCGCCGCCGCCGCCGCCGCACAAAAGCACGAAUCUCCAAUCGUACCGGAUGUCAUCGUCGCCGCCGCCGUCCCCAAGGCGGAGGCGGCGUACUCCACCGACGACGGCCACAGCAGCGGCGGCGAAGCGCCGACGCAGCAUUACGACCUCGACCUCAACCUCGACCUCUCCAUAAGCUUACCCAGCUAUAACUACUCCCCCCGGCGUUCCCCACAGUUAGAAACAGUUUCUAAUAAUUCUACUUGUACUGGAGCGGGUACGGCUUCUGCAGCUUACGCUCAAUCCGUUUGCUUGUGUUAUCAUCUUGGGUUUCAGAGCGGCGACGCUUGUACCUGUCAAGCUAUUCCGAACCAACAUAUUUUCAGAUACAUUAGACCCUUGGAGGAUGCGCAAUGAUAACUCAUACAUAUGGCUUUUAUUCUUUUUUUUUUUCCUUCUUUUUUUUUUUUUUUGAAGGGGGAUUUUCAUGAAUGUAAUUAAUCUGAUCAUGGGGCAAUAUAUUUCGUUUCUCAAAA